AUGCCGUGCUUGAAUCUAAGCUCGCUGAGAAAGUCGAGAGCACAGUACAAUUAUUCUCCUCUACCAGAAAGGUAUAUCAGACUACUCUAUGUCUCCUCAAACCCAGUUUGUACCACGUACACAUUGAAAGCCGUGAAGCUCAGAGAUGCGGGCUCAUACACCGCUCUUUCUUACGUAUGGGGCUCUUCGGAGCGAACGCACAGUAUCAUCUGCGACGGAAAAACUCUGCAGGUCACCCGUAGCGUGUUCGAAUUGCUAACCUCUGACCACGCCAAGUCCAACAAAGAUUGGCCAUAUUGGAUCGAUGCCAUCUGUAUCAAUCAAAACGACAACGAAGAGAAGGCAGAUCAGAUUAGGAAGAUGCAUCAAAUCUUCACCUCCGCAGAAAAAGUCACUGUCUGGCUGGGACAAACGGACCAGAAUAGCGACUUAGCUAUGGACAAGCUCUUGGCUUUGUCAUUCUGCUCUCGAGAUCUCGAGGCUUAUGAGAAUGGCCGAGAACUAACAUCUGACUCGCAAGGUUUAGGAUAUCUCCGAGGCUUGAACGGGGAUGAACAGGAGAAAAUUGCAAGAGCGCUGGGCUCGCUAUGCUGUCGUCCAUGGUUUCUGCGAGUAUGGACAUUUCAGGAAAUCAUCUUAGCUGGAAGACGAGCGUUUCUGACUUGCGGCUCCAGAUCCAUGAGAUGGUAUGAAUUUGCCGAAGCUACACGUUUUGUGGCGCGUGCAACAGUUCACGGCUUUUCCUUCGUCUUUGAAAAUGCGAGUGUUGGUAUGCAUAGCGUAGAAAGUAUUCAAGAGAUGCUAUUGCUAUCUCGCCUUAGAGAACGCGAGAGAAAUGGUCUCCAUCUCCCACAACUCCUUGGUGUAGCGUCGAGAAAGAGUACCACAAACCCUCUGGACCGGGUUUACGGAGUGCUUGGCCUAGCGCCUCCAGCUCUACGGUCUAGGAUUCGCAUCAAUUACGGUGAUGAAAGCGAGGCAGCGAAGCAGCAGCUCAAUAUCGAAUGCUUGAAAGCAUGUAUCAAACAUGAUCCAGAGCUUUCGCUGCUGUACAUGGUAUCCGGCUCGGAACCGCAAGCUGGUCUUCCUUCUUGGUGUCCUAAUCUCUAUAGCGGUAAGCUUCGGACAUUGGCAAUGGGUCUGCAAGGAAGAGCUGGCAUAAGCUCUAGGUCUGUCGUGAAUGGGCAACUUCCUAAAGCUUCGUGCCAAGCUAAUUCCAACCUUCUCCGCGCUCAUGGUUACAAUCUUGAUACGGUCGGAACCGUCGCAAGAACGACUUAUCAUUGGUCGGAUUUUGCACAGAACUUAGAAAAACCAACUGUUGAUGAUGCAAAGGGAAAUCUAGCUUGGCUUCAAGAAGUUUCAGCAUUGCUCAAGCAACACGAACACACAGACAUACCCGUAUCAACCAUACUCACACUUGCAGAAGGUGAUCUUCCGGCUUUCAAAGACGUCAGUCUUCAAGAAGCCCUCAAGCACAACAUUGAGAUCUGGCAGCACUCAAUCGAUCCCGAUCACCCUGUUCCCCAGAUUGAGGAACGUGUUCGCACCGCGGCUUUUGUCCUCCACAGCCGCUUCCUCACCAAUUGCCACCACCGUAAAGUCCGUUUCGUUCGUGCCAAGGUCCACUGA